AUGAAGAAGUGUGAGCUCUGUGAUUCUUUAGCAAAAAUGUACUGUGAAUCAGAUCAAGCCAGCCUGUGUUGGGACUGUGAUGCUAAUGUUCACAGUGCAAAUUUUCUUGUCGCCAAGCAUUCUAGAACACUUCUUUGUCAUGUUUGCCAAGCCCUCACGCCUUGGACCGGUACCGGCCCCAAGUUAGGCCCUACCCUUUCUGUCUGCGACAACUGCGUGAACAGCUCGAGUUAUAGAGAAGAAAGAGGCAGUGAAGAUGAUAAAGACGGUGACAAUGAUGAUAAAGACGAUGAUAAAGAGGAUGAUGAUGAUGAUCUUGAUAGAGAAGAUGAUAAUGAUGAAGAUGAUGAAAAUGAAGAUGAUGGUAAUGGUCAUGGCGGCGAAGAUGAUGAAGAAAAUCAAGUAGUUCCAUGGUAUUCUACGCCGCCUCCGCCUGUUUCAAGCUCUUCUAGUAAUAGCGAAGAAUGUUCAAGCAGAUUUUGUGACAGUGAUGGAGCAGCAUCACAAUCAAGAAGAGCAUUUUCUUCAAAACGCAGGCGUGGAACUGUGCCUGAGCCUACUAAUUUUCAUCAGGUUUAG